AAGUACCCAACCCACAAUCCUUAUACCAACCAUAUCACCUUAUACCCUCUCCCCGCCCCGCCGAUCACGACCCACAAUUCCUUUUCCUAAACAAUCCAAUUCCUCGCCAAACCAAAAAAAAAAUUCCCUCACUACUAUUAUUAUUAUUAUUAAUUUCUCUGUCCUCCAUCCACCACCUCAAUCAUCUCGCCGGUAAAUUUUCCAUGGACACCACCUCACGGUCGCCGGCGCUCCGACAACCGCGUCCCCAACCAAUCACAUCCCGCCCUUCUCCCGUUCUCCGGCCAGACUGCUGGGCAGAACAAGCCACCUUCUCCCUCAUCGAGGCGUGGGGGUCCCAGCACCUCGCCCUCAACCGCGGCAAUCUCCGACAACACAACUGGUCCCAAGUCGCCGCUGCCGUCAACUCUGCCGUCAGCGGUCGCCGGAAAACCGACGUCCAAACCUGUAAAAACCGCAUCGACACUCUUAAGAAGAAGUACAAGAUCGAGAAAUCCAAGACCGUUGAUUCCGCCGGCGAUUACGUCAGCCCUUGGCCGUUUUUCUCCCGCCUCGAUUUCCUCAUCUCCGGCGGAGAUGUCGCCGGUAAUUCUCUCUCCUCGUCGCGAAAACUCUCUCCGGAAACUCCUUCGACGACGACGGCGCUGAGGAAUUUCCCGGUGGGGCCGAGGUCGGCGACGCAGAGAAAGAGACCGGCGAUAAUUGACGGAUCAUAUUUACCGUUUGCGGCGGUGGUGGCAGCGGCAGCAAAGGAGGAGGAGAGAGAACGGAGUUCAUCGGAGCGUACGGGGACGUCAAGUGGUGAGGGGAAGAGAGAUAGAGAUAGAGAGGAGGAGGUGGAGGAUGGGGGGUUUAACGAUGGUUGUCGGCGUUUGGCCGAGGCUGUUAUGAGGUUUGGUGAGGUGUAUGAGAGAGUAGAGGCGGUAAAACAAGAGCAGUUGAUUGAAUUAGAAAAGCAUAGGAUGCAGUUUGCUAAAGAUUUAGAGUAUCAAAGGAUGAAGUUGUUCAUGGAUACUCAGCUUCAGCUUGCUAGGAUUAAACGCCCCAAACAUUCUGAUGAUGCUGAAUUUUCUGGAGUAUGGAGUUGAAUCGAGCUUAGCUUUUGAAGGAUAUAGCCAUUUAGAUAGUUACUUGUAGCGCGUACAUUGAGAAGAAAAAGAAGCGAUGCAAUUGUUUGUUAAUACUUCGGUUUAGAUAUUCUGGGAGUCUGGCUUUAAAGUGGCAACUGAAUCUACCUGGUUGAUACCAAUGGUGGUUGACAACAAAAAUCAGAUAAGUUUUAGGAUACAUAUCAAGCUUUUAGAAGGCGUGUAGUUAUGUCAAGCCUUUUUGUUCUUUUAAAUUUUACAGGUUCUUUUUGAUGAUUAGGAGCAACAGAAACACAUACAAAGUUAGAUCAUAGCAUGUUUAAUAUAUGUUCCGUGAGUUUCUUGUUACUAUCUGAAAUUUAUUACGAGUAACAUAUGUCUUUGUUUCUGUUGGCGAGUUCUCUAUGGCUUGUUGGGAUCACAAAUUAGAUGUUUGUACAGUGCUAGUUUCAUUGCUAUGCUAUACACUGAACCUGAAAGCAAUAAAUGGAGUAAUAUUUCAAUUUA